AUGAAAACGCGUUUCACAGUUCUCGACAUAAAAGCAGCGUUGGCCGAAAUUCGGGCGAAUUUAUUGCAUCACUAUGUUCUGAAUAUCUACGACAUAGAUGCGAAAACAUAUCUGUUGAAAUUACGAAAAUGCGCUUCAAAGCAUGUUCUUCUCUUCGAGUCUGGGACCCGUGUUCAUCCUACGGAAAUGGAGUGGCCCAAGAACACAGCUCCUUCGGGAUUUAGUAUGAAGCUGAGGAAGCAUUUGAAGGGGAAACGGUUGAUAAAUGCUAGUCAACUUGGUUUCGAUCGAAUCAUCGACCUUCAAUUUGGAACAUCAGCUUGUUUGGACGAGUAUCAUCUGAUCAUUGAGCUCUACGAUCGUGGAAACAUCAUUCUUUGUGACCAAGACUACACUAUUCUGAAUCUACUCCGAGCUAGAACAGACAAAGCUACGGACGAGAGAUUUGCUGUCCGGGAAACAUAUCCAGUUGCACAGGCUCAGCCUUUGAAAGAGCCGUAUCUAUCUGUUGAAGAGCUCCAGGAAAACGUCAAGCCAUCUCAAGUCCAAGGGAACAAGAAGAAAAAUAAGAACUUUACAAUCGCCAAGCAGCUUAAUUCAAGUCUAGGUUAUGGAACUGAUGUCAUAGAACACUUCCUGAUCGAACAGGGCCUUGACGUGGCCACAGCAUCUGUUGUGCAAGACCCUGAUGAGAUUCUCGAAUGCUUACAGAGCUGCUACGACUUUUUGAAUUCCAACAAAACGAAUUUCCAAGGCUACAUAUCGACCAAAACCGCCGACAACGUCCUCCAAUAUGUCGAUUAUCAGCCCUUUCUCUUCCAUCAGUCUCAAUCAGAUAGUACCAUUGAGCUUGAAAGAUUCUCCCUUGCUGUUGAUAAAUUCUAUGGCGAAAUACAGUCGCAAAAGGCAGAACAAAAGAUGGUCCAAGCAGAAAAGGCCGCAAUGAAAAAGCUAGAAAAUGUAAAGCUGGAUCACAUGAAGCGUCUCGAAUCACUUAAACUCGCACAAGCCGAUAAUGUGAGAAAGGCGCAGCUAAUUGAGAUGAAUUUGGAGCUCGUUGAUUCCGCCCUAAAUCAAGUGCGCUCGGCGCUCGCUUCUCAAAUUGGCUGGGAAGAGAUCGAGGAAUUCCUCGAGGAGGGGCAGGAUGAAGGCGAUCCGGUCUCCAUCGCGAUUAGAGAGCUCAAACUAAAGACAAAUCAGAUUGUGAUGAUGUUGAGCGAGCCUGAUUACGAUGACUCCGACUCGAGCUCAGAGGACGAGGACGCAUUUUACGAUUCUAAACGCGCCGCUGCUGACAAAGAGUCAAAAACCAUUGACGCUAGUAAAAAGGCUUUGAAAUCAGCCGAAAAGAAGACUAAUGAAAGUCUCAAAAAUAUACAGACUGUUCGUCAAGUCACGAAAGUGCGCAAACAAAUGUGGUUCGAGAAGUUUUUCUGGUUCAUUUCAAGUGAGAAUUACUUGGUUAUUGCCGGCAAGGACGCUCAACAAAACGAGACCAUUGUCAAGAAAUACUUGAAAAACGGCGAUGUCUACGUUCACGCUGAUAUUCACGGUGCAUCAUCGUGCAUUGUGAAAAAUAUUGACCCUUCCAAGCCGGUUUCGCCGGUAACGCUUCACGAAGUCGGACAUGCCGCGGUCUGCCAUUCGGCAGCGUGGAAUGCAAAGUGUCCAAAACGGCGCCGUCGGGGGGAGUACUUGACCACUGGUAGUUUUAUGAUCAGAGGCAAGAAGAAUUAUUUGCCACCGAGUCAGCUCGUCCUCGGCUUUGGUUUCCUUUUCAAGCUCGAUGAUGCUUCUGUUGCUAGACAUGCCGGCGAGCGGAGGAUAAAAGGCCAAGCGAAUGAAGUCGAAGAAGAUGAUAUAUCAGACCUUGUUGAAAUCAAGGAAGAGAACGAAACCGAGCCCAAGUUAGAAGGCGAGAGUGAUGGAGAAUCUGACGGGAGAUUUAGUGACGAAAAAUCAGAAGCUCUCCAAUUCCCGGAUACAAAGAUCGACAUCAAGUAUAAUGUGGAGGAAGAAGUUGAAGAAAUCGUCAAUGUCGGUAAAGGUGCCGGAAAGCGAGAGAAGACCAAAGAGGAAAAGAAAGGUCGAGCGAAGCCAGCUUGGCAGUUGGAACAUGAACAACAGAGAGCUGAAAAAGAUAAAUUCCGGAAAAAGAGAGGCAAAGCUGGAAAAGAAAAGAAAAUGAAGCAAAAAUAUGGCGACCAGGAUGAAGAAGAUCGUGCUGCGAUGAUGGAAUUCCUCGGUAGCGCAGGGGCGAAAAAACAAUCAAAGAAAUUCCAACGAGCGGAAAAGCGUGAGUUGAAGAAAGGUGGAGGUGCUCGUGGACAGAAAAAGGGGCCAAAAGAAAAGAAGGCCAACACUUUUGAGCGAGCAAACGAAGAACUGCCACCGCCUGAAGUGCUUCCGGAAGAUCCAGAUUGUAAAGCGGAAAUGGUCAUUGAGCAAAUGAAAGAAGACGCGGACGAAGAGGAGAUUACCAAGAUGCUCGAAGAGGAAGGCUUUGUCGAUGAUGAUGAUAUAUCGAUGCUCGACCAGCUCACGGGCAAGCCAACAGAAGAGGAUUUAGUCCACUACGCCGUUCCAGUUGUGGCACCUUUGUCGAGUUUGCGCGACUACAAGUAUCAUAUCAAAUUCGUCCCGGGAACAGGCAAGAAAGGAAAAUCGGCGAAACAGGCGGUUAGUAUUUUCUGUGGGAAAAAGGAAGCGCGCCAGGUAGAGAUCGACUUAAUGAGGGCAGUAAAGGAUGAAGACAUGACCCACAACAUGCCCGGAAAACUGAAACUCGCUGGACAGCAAGUGCAAAUGUACAAAAAGAAACACUAA